CUUGUGUUCAUUACUAACUCCAAACUCAUCAUAACUCUCCUACAUAUAAGAAGAGGGGGGUGAUCUUGCUCCGAAGGGAAGAGCACUAGCUAUAGGAUUGUGUUAAAAACUUAUCAUUCCCCUAGAGUAGUUAUGCUCAAUUCAGUCGUGGAAUGCACGGAGGGAAAAGAUAACUAAAGGAAAAGAGUAGGUAACUGACUGAGCUCAGAUACUGGUUGAGAGCUAUUUUUAUACGCUGAAACUCAAGCUAUUGAAACUUGUACUCACAUGAUCUGCAACAGAGCUAGAGUUUGUCAGGGAUCAAUUUGUCUUAUUGCCAAAUCCAUCAUCACCAUUUCCUUCAUGGAAUUAUCAGCAGCUGAUUUGUUUACGGACCAAGAAAUAGAGGACCUGAGUUUCAUUGAUGAAUGGGAGUUAAGCUCUCUGGACCAAGAUUUCUCUUCAACAAACAUCUGGGAUUGUUUUCAAGAAACACAAUCCUCAGAGAGUUACAAUUCCUCCUCCCCUUGCUUUGAGUCUCCCUUAACUCCUGCUAGCAUUAUGGAGCCUGUAGAUAAAUUUCUUACGCCCAAUAAGAACUGGAGCUUUUCUUCUACGAACACGGGCAUUUUGUCCUUCGGACAUCCAUGUUCGGAUGAAGGAUUUAAGACGGUGGAAGCUGCGAUCAUGGAAUCGAAGAACGUGAAAGUGAAGCGGAGUGCGACCGGUAAUCAAGAGCAUGUAAUUGCUGAGAGGAAGAGAAGAGAGAAGUUAUCCGAGCAUUUGUUUACGUUGUCCAAAAUUAUUCCUGGAACAAAGAGGAGAGACAAAGCCUCUAUUCUCAAGGAUACAAUUGAUUACCUGAAAGAAAUGGUACAAAAACUAAAGACCCUCGAAGAGCAAGUAGCAAAAAGAACAAUGAAGUCCAUAUUUAUACCGUCUGAAAAGUCCCAGUCAUCCGGCGUUGGUGAUGUGGAAAGCGGUGGCAACCCUCCCUCAGCCGAUACCCUUCUCGAAAUCGAGGCAAAAAUGUCAGCAAAUAUUGUCCUUAUCAAGACUCAUUGCAAGAAUCGACGAGGAGUGCUGCUCAAGGCACUCGAUGAGAUUGAGAAACUUCAUCUCAGUGUCAUUAGCUCGAGUUCCCUACCAUUCUCAGAUCAGUUUCUUGAUAUAACUGUAACAGCUCAGGUUGAAGAGGGGUUUUCAAUGACAGUGAAGGAUCUUUUGAAGAAGCUAAACACAAGUUUCAGAGAGUUCAUGUGAAGAGAUUGAGACAAUCCUUAGCUAAUGUUUCAGUUAUAUAUUUUCCAUGCUUAAGAGAGUGCUUGCUUGCAUGAAAGUGAAAAAUAAAAUUGUAAAAUGAAAUAGUUUGAACGUUUUUUAUAUUUAUUUUAU